GCAAAGGUAGGAUAGCUGCAGGGCUGGAUCUAGCCUGUCUGAUGGGGGCAGAGGAUGGGAGGUCAGCAGGGCAGAGGACAGGGGUUACUGCUGGCAAGGCAGAGGACAGGGGUCAGGCAGGGCAGAGGACAGGGGUCACAGCUGGCUGGGCAGAGAACAGGGGUCGCUGCUGGCAGGGCAGAGGACAGGGGUCGCUGCUGGCAGGGCAGAGGACAGGGGUCGCUGCUGGCAGGGCAGAGGACAGGGGUCGCUGCUGGCAGGGCAGAGGACAGGGGUCGCUGCUGGCAGGGCAGAGGACAGGGGUCGCUGCUGGCAAGGCAGAGGACAGGGGUCGCUGCUGGCAGGGCAGAGGAGAGGGGUCGCUGCUGGCAAGGCAGAGGACAGGGGUCGCUGCUGGCAAGGCAGAGGACAGGGGUCGCUGCUGGCAAGGCAGAGGACAGGGGUCGCUGCUGGCAAGGCAGAGGACAGGGGUCGCUGCUGGCAGAGCAGAGGACAGGGGUCGCCGUUGGCAAGGCAGAGGACAGGGGUCACCGCUGGCAGGGCAGAGGACAGGGGUCACUUUGACAAGGCAGAGAACAGGGGUCACCGUUGGCAGAGCAGAGGACAGGGGUCACCGCUGGCAGGGCAGA